AUGCAGCAGCUAUUAAAUCCCUUCGCCCAGAAAUACCCCGAGGCGGUCGACGCGACCCUCUCGUCGCAGGCGACGUCGGUGCGCUUCAACCCGUCCGGCCCGUUCGCGGGGCACUACCUCGCCGCUGGGGGCUCGGACGGGCUCGUCGAGAUCUGGGACGUGGACACGCGUGGUGUGGUCCGCGUGCUUGAGGGGCAUGUCAAGGCCGUCGCGGGAUUGAGUUGGUCGCGCAACAACCGAUACCUCCUCAGCGCGUCGCUCGACGGCACAGCCAUCGUGUGGGACCUCGCUGCGCUCACCCCGCUUCUGCGACCGCGGACCCGCGUCAAGCCGACCUCGACGGCCAGGAGACGCACAAUACGCUUCGACGCGCCGCUCGUCACUGCGUCCUUCCACCCGCGCAACUCGAACGUCAUCCUCGCGACGCUCGCGUGCAACGAGGCCGUGCUGGUUGACUUGCGGCCGGGCGGGGGUCAGUUUGUGCUCGAGGAUGUGAUGGACGGGGACGCCGAGGAGGAUGACGGGGCGAAGCGCAAGUCGUCGAUAUCCUGCGCGACGUGGUCGCCGUGUGGUGGGCGAAUCUACGCCGGCACAACCUCGGGCGUGGUACUGAUUCUCGACCCCGUGAGCCGGCUGGUGCAGGCGCGCAUCCGCGUCGGGACGAGUGGCAUCCGACAGCUCGCAUUCGACGCGAGCGGACGCGGGCUGGUGCUGAGCAGCUCUGACCGCGCGCUGCGCGUGCUCAACGUGUCGCCCGCGACGGGGGCACUCGCCCCGAUCCACCGCUUCCAGGACCUGGUGAACCGCACGCCGUGGCAUGCGAUCGGCUUCUCGGGCGACGGCGACUUUGUCAUGGGUGGCGGAGGGCACAAGAUGACGCACAACGUGUUCGUGUGGGACCGCGACUCGGGCGUGCUCGUCAAGGUGCUCGAGGGGCCCAAGGAGCCGCUCGUGGACUGUGAUUGGCACCCGACCCGCCCAGUCAUCGCGUCCGUGGCCAACUCUGGCGACAUUCACGUCUUCCAGACGGCGCAGCCGGAUAACUGGGCUGCCUUCGCGGCCGGCUUUGAAGAGCUCGAAGAGAAUGUCGAGUACGACGAGCGCGAGGACGAGUUUGACAUUGAAGACGAGGACGACAUUGCACGGAAAAAGGACGCGGCAGAGGACGAGGUCAUCGACGUGCUCACCGUCCAGGCCGACUACCCCCGCCGGCCUGACCCCGCGAUCGUCGCGGUUCCGAAUGGCGACGCAGUGGCAGUGGCCGCUGCCGACGCCGACCAGCCCGAGAGCGAAGAGGCUGGUGCCGCCCGCAUGCUCGCCGCCGCGGCAGAGUGGGCAGACGCAGACCCAGACGACGAUACCUGGGACGGCUUCUACCUCUCGCUCAACCUGCUCGAGGAGGUCGUCGACGACGAGGACACGAGCUAGCUGCGGCCGUGUAGACAGACACCUGUCACUCCCUGUACUCUCCACACUGUAUCACAAUCUGCAU